GUGAUCAGUGAGCUAGAGCGAGAGAGAUCGGUCGAGCUGCCGUGCCAGCUAUGGCGACGUUGUCGGAGCUGCAUUUCGUGCUGGUGCCGCUGGCGGCGCAGGGCCACAUCAUCCCGAUGGUGGACGUGGCGCGGCUCCUCGCCGCACGCGGCCCGAUGGUUACCAUCGUCACCACGCCCGUCAACGCCGCGCGCAACACGGCCACCGUCGAUGGCGCCAGGACGGCGGGCCUCCCCCUCGAGCUCGUCGAGCUCCCACUCCCCGGCCCGCAGCACGGCCUGCCGGAGGGGAUGGAGGCCAUCGACCAGCUUACAGGGCACGAACCGGGCAUGUACAUCAAGUUCUUCCACGCCCUCUGGGACCUGGCCGGGCCGCUGGAGGAGUACAUCCGAGCGCUUCCUCGCCGGCCAGUGUGCCUCGUCGCCGACGCGUCCAGCCCGUGGACGGCGCCACUGUGCGACCGUCUCGGCAUCCCGAGGCUCGUGAUCCACUUCCCGUCGGCUUACUUCCAGCUCGCCGUGCACUGCCUGACCGCGCACGGCGUGUACGAUCGCGUCGACGAGAUGGAGCCGUUCGAGGUGCCGGGCUUCCCGGUGCACGCCGUCGGUAGCAAGGCCACGAUCCGGGGCUUCUUCCAGUACCCCGGCGUCGAGAAGGAGCACCAAGACGCGCUCGACGCCGAGGCCACCGCCGACGGCCUGCUCUUCAACACGUUCCGCGGCAUCGAGGGCCCCUUCCUCGACGCGUAUGCGGCGGCGCUCGGUAAGAAGACGUGGUCGGUCGGGCCGACCUGCGCCUCGAGCAGCAUGGUCGACGAUAGGGACUCCAAGGCCGGCCGGGGCAAACCCGCGGACGUCGACGCCGGGCACAUCGUCUCGUGGCUCGACGCCCGGGCGCCGGCGUCGGUGAUGUACGUCAGCUUCGGCAGCAUCACCCAGCUGACGGCGAAGCAGCUUUCCGAGCUCGCGCGCGGCCUCGAGGCGUCGGGGCAGCCAUUCGUCUGGGCCAUCAAGGAGGCCAAGACCGACGCUGCCGUCAGGGCUCUGCUCGACGACGAGGGGUUCGAGGCGCGCGUCCAGGACAGGGCACUCCUCGUGCGCGGGUGGGCGCCGCAGGUGACCAUCCUCUCGCACCAGGCGGUGGGCGGCUUCCUCACGCACUGCGGCUGGAACGGCACGCUGGAGGCUCUCUCCCUCGGCGUGCCGGCGCUGACUUGGCCCACCAUCGCCGACCAGUUCUGCAGCGAGAUGCUGCUCGUGGACGUGCUCGGCGUCGGCGUCAGGUCCGGCGUCAAGAUCCCCGCCAUGUACCUCCCCAAGGAGACCGAGGGGGUUCAGGUAACGAGCGGCGACGUGGAGAAGGCGAUUGCCGAGCUUAUGGGCGAUGAGCCGGAGGCGGCGGUGAGAAGGACCAAGGCCAAGGAGAUCGCCGCCGAGGCGAGGGCGGCCAUGGUAGAAGGCGGGUCGUCGCACUCCGACCUGACGGAUUUGAUCAGCUACGUCUCGGAGCUGUCGAGAAAGAGGUUACACGAGAACUCGACGGCGCUGCCUUCCGCCGCGGCAGAGCUCUGAGGCGAGGACGGGCGGACGGCGGGAAGAUCGAAGAGCACAGUCCGAGUCAAGCUGCACGAUGCCAAUGUCAGCGUAGGAUACAGUCCGGUUGACCAAAUAAAAGAUUUACUAAUCGCAUUGCGACAACAUGAAGUGUACUCUCUUGGCUCCUGUGCACCAAUUUCACCGCUGCUCCCUUCAUUUUUUAA